CGUCUUCAGUUUCACUCUCCAUUCAACAAGCGCGGGAAAAUUUUCCUCCAAAUUCCCGCCUCAAAAGCCCUAGCCCCUUUCUCUCUCUCUCAGCGACUGACGCCCAGUCAAUCCUCUCUCAAUCUCUCCAUUUCUGUCACCUUACCGCAGCAAGCUCGGAACAAAAUCGCCGGCUGAAGAUGGAGACGCAAGGCUUGUCGUUGAUCUGCGCUGGCCUCGGCAUAGCGGAGGAGGACGACGACGGCAACCGGAUCGGGUACUCCAAGGGGGAGCAGUGCCUAGAGAAUCUGAAGGAUUUGGUGAGGUUUUUGAGGCGUGAUGACCCGCAGACGCGGGAAGUGUUCAAGCAAGUUUGCAAAUGGAAUAUAGUCGCUAAGGAUUUGAUUCCGAUGUUUCAGUACUGCCAGGAUGAUCGAGAUUUGGUCUUGAACGCAGUGAAGGUUUUUGUGUUCCUUACCAUGCCAAUCGACCCUUCCUCGAAUGAAAUCCCUUUACAAUUGGAGUAUCUUUGGGGUCUGAAGUCUGCGAUAACGUGUAGCGACACAGUUGCUGUCAUCGUUUCGCUUUUGGAAGGGCCACUUGAAGAUUUGGAGCGUGAAUUGUUCACGGAGGAUGAUUGGAAGUUGGUUCAGUUGGUGCUGACUCUCUUUCGGAACAUCCUUGCAAUUCAAGAUGCUUCCUUGCCACAGAAAGUUGGGGGAUCAGCUUGUCAAUUCCUGUCACUGAGAGAUGGAUUUCUUGAGCUCCUGUUCAACGAGAAUGUCAUGGACCUGAUCUUAGUAUUGACUCAGCAUGUUGCUGGUUCAAGUGGCUUCCUUCGUCAUGAUAACUUACUUCUUCUAGAAGUUUUCCAUUACAUCUUUCUGGGGCAAGAUCCGGAUUUGAUUGCCAAAGCACGUUUCAAGGAUUCCAAGGCUGGUGAAGGGAGCAUUGUUUCUGUUGACAAUCUCAAGGCCAUUAUGGAAGAGGAAAAGAAGAAACUUAAACAGUGCAGAUCACAGAAUAUAGCUCGCCACUCCCAGUUUAGUGGGACGUUUUCUCGGAUUACCAUGGAUGGUUCUACGACAGUAUGCAAAGGAAAACCUGGUGCUGCUUCCAAUGCUUUGCUUAAGCCUCAUGCUAUCCAAAGGGGUGCGUCUAAAAAGAUUGUCUGGGACCAUGCCAAGUUUCCAGUGACGAAGCCUAAGGUCUUGGAAUUGCUGCAUGAUUUCAUGAAACAGUUUCUUUCAGGAAGUUAUAAUGUUUUGAUCCAGUCAAUUCGUGAAGAUAUCCAAAAGGAACAAAAUGGAAUCCAGAAGAGCGAUAUCAUUGUUUUCUUCCAAGUUGUUCAGUUUGCCACUUCUUAUCAGUAUUACAUGCUCUUGAAUUCAAAGCCGGAAACUGCAAGGGAUUCUCCUCAAGCUUCUGGCUUCCCUGCUGAUAAUACAGUAUUCACAGGUGAUGUAUGUGGACCGAUUGCAGAAUCAAUGAAGGAAUCAAUGUUUCUACUUGUCAUUUCAACAUGGCGGGAUGCCUUUGAUACUCUGAAGCAAACACAUGAAUACAAGUUACUUUCUGUAGCAGGUUCACUUAUGAAAAUUAUGAUUCGCAUUCUAGACUUGGUGCUUAAGGUACUGCCUGAAAAUUCUAAAGAGCCUCUGACAGCUCGGAUUCUGCUUUACAAGUUAUUCUAUGAUCAGACUGACCAAGGGAUGACCCAAUUCAUCUUGAACCUGAUUAAAGCGUUCAACACCCAUAAGCAAUCGAAAAGUGAUCUUGCAGAUUUGGUUGAAACAGUUCAUGUUAUCGUAAGAUUGAUGGGACUUCUUCAAACUCGUGGCACUAUGAGGGUUUCUAAGGGGGCAAGGAAGGUUCGAAAGAAGAAGUCCUCAAGUAAUCAGAGACAAGACAAAGAUUUACCGAGUGGAGGUGAAGCCACCAUUCAGAAUGGGAAUGAACAGCCACCUGAUUCUGGAAGUUUGGAAAAAGGAAGUCAGGAAAAUAUAACAUCUAACCAACAAGAUGACCUUAACGCUAGUAUUCCUGCUGAUCAACCAGAGAUAACUGUAGAGAUGGGAAAUCCUGACGCUGCUAUUCCUACCGAUCAACCAGAGAUAAGUCCAGAUAUGGGGAAUCCUGACCCUGCUAUUUUUACUGAUCAACCAGAGAUCACUCCAGAUAUGGGAAAUCCUGACACUGCUAUUCCUACUGAUCAAACAGAGAUAACACCAGAGAUGGGAAAUCCUGACCGUAAUACACUGCCAGAUGAUAUAAGGGCUGAUCCUAAUCCUAUAGAUGAUGAUCUGUCUUGUUGCUCAGAUGAUGAGUCUGCUGAUGACGAACCUGUUUCUACUUAUGAAGUUGACUUUAAUGUCACAACUUUCAUGAAAUCUUUCGCGAACCAUAGCUUCGUUAGCAAUUUAUGCUGGUUGCUUAGAUUCUAUAAGAGCAACUCCUUCACGACAAAUCACUACAUCAUAUCCAUGCUGCGGAGGAUAACAGAUGACCAGGACCUUUCUCCAAUGCUAUAUCAGUUAUCUCUACUCACAACAUUUUAUGACAUCCUCAAUGAGCAAAAGUCGUCUCAGUGCAAGGAAUAUGAAAAUAUUGUAGAGUUCCUUACAACUCUGGUGAGGAGAAUGUUGAGGAAAAUGAAGAAUCAACCCCUCCUUUUUCUGGAAGUUCUCUUCUGGAAGUCCAGAAGUGAAUGCAAUUACAUCAAUGCAGACUAUUUAGUACAUGAGCUGGGUGGUUUAAGAAGAAAGACUAAAGAUUUCUAUGGCACUUCAGCCGAUGGAGAAGUUGGUUCAUCAGGGACCAAAGGAUGGGCUCCUAGAAGCAUUGCUGAUGCUCUGGGUGAUGAUGAAGCUGAUGUCGUGAUCUCCCAUGACAUGGAAAAUCAGAAUAUGGAAGACAGUUCAAAUGAAUUGCAGAAUGAGAAGGCGUCAACUUCUGGCAGCAGUUUGUCCAGAAAGGAAUUUCCAAGAAAGAAAAGAUUUGUGCUGACGGAGGAAAUGGAGAUAAGGAUCAAAGAUCUCUACGAGGAAUUCAAGGAUGAUGAGAAAUGUUGUCAUCGCAUCGCUGAAUCCCUAGAUCCUACAGGCCGAGUUUCGCCAACACAAGUUUUAAACAAGCUCAAGCAGCUUGGGCUGAAAGCUUCAUUAAAGAAAAGGAUAAGAAAAGCCAUGGGAACAGAUUCUACUGAUCCUGCUCAGCUCUCUCAAAAUGAAGAGGAAGUAAUCUUGCUCAAGAAAUCCACGGGCGUUAGGAAAAGAGCGCCGGCUAUUGGCAAGGAUCAGGAAGAAAAAAUCAGAGCUUUAUACGAGCAGUUCAAAGGAGAGAAAAGCUGCAGCCACAUGAUCGCAGAUGCUCUGGCACCAGAAGGUAGUUUCACAGCUGCACAGGUUACCCGCAAACUCAAGCAACUUGGACUUCAUGUUCCCCAGAGGAAGAGGUCCCAGCCAGAAGCCAGCACGAGAGACGAGGAAGUCAACAAUGGACACGAAUCUGAAGAGGAAGAAACAUUGCUGUCCUUCAAGAAGAGGAGAGCCAAGGAGGUCCAAGACCGAAAGAAAAGCAGGAAACUUGCUCCAGAAGCAUCAGCGAGCAGAAUUGAGGUUCCUAACGGUGCCAUGGAUGGUGCUGAAGGAAUUGGUGAAGAUGAUAAUACUUCUGGUGGUGGCAGCCCAUCUGGCAUUUCUCCUGCUGCUGCUGCUGCUGGUGAUGACCAAGACAGAGAGCCGAUGGUCGAUGAACCAGAGGACGAUGACGUGGAUGUUUCUCCAGCUGAUGAUGACGAGGACGACGAUAAUGAACUCAUGGUGGAUGAACUGGAGGACGAUGACGUGGAUGUUUCUCCGGUUGACGAGGAUGAUGAUCAUGAUGGACAGAUGGUGGCAGAUGGAUUGGAGGAUGAUGGCGUGGACAUUUCUAUUCCUAGUCCACAGAUUGGAAGUGCAGUCUCCAGGAGGAAAUCGAGGAUGAUAAUCGAUCUCGAAGAUGAAGACGACGAUUAAAACGAGUGCUAGAGGGCUCGGAGCAUCGUAGGCGCUUUAAGCCAUGAAGUGACUUCCAUGUUAUUAAGUCCAGGAUGGGGAUGGUUGCGUGGGUGGUAAGUUACCGAGGUGCCUUGCCUUCCCUUAGAUGAUUUUCCUUUUGUUCAGAGUUCUUUUCGUUAGGUCAUUUGUAAAUCCCUCCAGCUCAGCAGCCACAUCACCAACCACUGUCCCCUAGUGAAGAAAUGUAUGUCUAGUUAACUACCGGGGCCACUUGCAUCUUGGGCCUUCGGCCCGAUAUUAGACUCCUCACUUCAAAAGGCAAAGUCACCGUAAGCCCAGUCUUAACUCCAAACUCCAAGCCCACCUUAAUAACCACACCUUGAUCCAUGCCAUGCAUGUAUACGUACAGUUUGUAGUAGCGAUGGCAAUGGGGCGUAGUACGGGUUUCCAAUACUCAUACUCGUCCCACAUCAAGUGACAAGUAUGAAUCAAGGUGAGUAAUAUCUGUGCGGGAAUGGGACACAAUGGAUCGAAAAUAAAUACCUAUGCUCAGUGGCGGAGCCAGAAAAUUGGCCAAGGGGGUGUCUUUGUCAUAUCAUAAAAACUCACCUAUACAAUAGAAAAGUCAACUUUAAAUUAAACAAAAAGUCAACAACGCAAUACUCUAAAAUCAUACAAUUACAUUAAAAUAGUUUCACGUACACCGGUUACAACGUCAAACAAAUAAGUUCAGUACAUACAAAUCAAGACUUUCAUUCAUCAAAUGUUACGAAUUAGAACUAAGAAGUACCUUGGAAUUGAUUUUGUGAAACAAACAAGUGAACUUAAAUUGGUACUUCUUCACUUUCAACUUUGUUUAAACAAAAGACAAGAAAUUUCUCUGUUGUAGAGCUACAAAAAAAAAAAAAAUUAAGCGAGUUUAAACCAAACACAACAAUUUAUUACUAUAAAUAAAGACGAAAGUGCAUUGCAUAACAAAACUCACUCGAUUGAAAUGAUAAGAAAUUCUUCCUGCAACUGAAUUGUCAUUGGUUCGAAUUUGUAUAUACCCCUACUUGGAAAAUUUUUCUCCAAACCCAAGGGGGGUGCAAGCACCCCCUCCUCUCCAAGUGGCUCCGCCACUGUCCAUGCUCCGUCCCGCACCACUACGAGUCGGGUAAUACCCGUCUUAUUACAGAUCAAGUUGGGUAAUAUCCAAAUAAGCCGGUUCAAAUUACCAUCCCUAGACUUAAUUUGCCGCAAUCUCUUGGCCGAGCGACGAUGCAGAUACACCUGACUUUUGCAUGGCCAUACACGUACCGUCGGUCGAUUCGACUGAUUACUGUGGCAAAACAUCGACCGGUCGGUCACUCGGUUUACUGUUCCAGAUUCCCACACAUUGCCAAAACUUGGCCAUGGACCAUGAACCGAAAACGUGGCAAAUUAGACACGCAACUUUCCACAUAUGAAAUGACGACGUUGUUGAGAUGGGUCUUAUAGCUAGGUUACAAAAAGCUACGUGGUGCACUAUAAAUAUGCGUGGAGCCACUGUAUAUAGAACAUGCUGGUUUUUUAACUGUACAUUUUGAUACUGUUGAGAUACACGAAGUUGACGCUUCUUUUAGGUCUCUAUUAUUUUGGCCUCUCGUCCGUCAAUUUGGGCUGCAGGUGUUGUCACAGUCUUUCGCCACCGGCCGCUCGAGCCAUGCAGGUUCUGGAAAAAGGGUGUACGUACGUAGUCAAGUAUUUUUCACAGAGGUGGGGCUCUACAGAUUUAGGGUUUUUGGAUUGGUAAACCGACGAAAAUGGACGGUUUAGAGGACAAAAGAGGUAGCCCCCAGGGAUCAAACACACCAAAUACACGGUAUGAGAAGUACAGUUUGAAGAAAAGCGCAUAGUUCAAGCUAGGGGUCGGCAUUCGGUCGGUUCGGUCCGAACCGAAAUUAUGAAUACCGGGUCCCCGAAUUCUCUCAAAUCUCAUACCGAAUUUGAACCGAAUUAUAAUUCGGUUCGGUCAGUUUAAACAUAUAAUAAUUUGGAAUACCGGGUCCCCGAAUUCUCUCAAAUCUCAUACCGAAUUUGAACCGAAUUAUAAUUCGGUUCGGUCAGUUUAAACAUAUAAUAAUUUGGUUCGAUUUGGUUUUUCACCCAAAACCGAAUUUGUGAAGCUACUUAUAUGUUCUCACUUUUAAAUUAUUUUUCACCCCUAAUAUAAACAAUAAAUAUCAAUUAUAUGCAUAAAUGAUAAAAUCAAACUUUUCAACACAUAAGUCAUAAAAUAUUUCAAAUAUUUAAGUCUAAAAACAACUACAAACAUAAAAAUCCACCAUUUGGAGUUUGCAAUUAUAAUAUUUCGGUUUUUCGGUCGGAAAUUCGGUUUCGGUUUAAAGAAUCCUGGUUUCCGAACUAUCCAUAUUUUCCUUCCGAAUUCCGAACCGAAUAGCAUUAAUUCAGUUUCGGUUCGGUUUAAUUCGGUUUUGGUUCAGUUCGAGUUUAGCGAACCGUUUGUCCACCCCUAGUUCAAGCACAACAAAAAUGUCUCCAAGACAAUUCGAAUUAUUGGCAGAAGUAAGUUCUUAAUAUUAUAGUCGGAACUCUGAUCGAGAUGAUUUGUGUUCUAAUUUUUGACGGCUUCAAAAACUUCAACCUCUCUCUUGAUUUUGCUUUCGUGUAAAGAGAGAAAAAUGUCAAGAGAACUCGCGGUUGGUAGCCUUACCAUCAAUCCAGCUUCCCCAACAAUGACACGAAAAUGAUGAUGAUCAAUUAGCUUUGUUGGUUUGUUAAUAAUACUUCAGUGUAUCAAGUUUAUGUGUGUAGGUUCAUAAACAUGUUAUACCAUGAGUGCUAUUAUUAUGUAAUCUAGCUCCCAACAACUGCACAAACACAAAGUAAUUAUUAUGUAAUUUAUUAUAGAGUUCUUCUCGCCACAAUUUGGGUUUCCAACUUUUCAUGUUCCUAAAAGCAGCUGUGAAAUCAGAAAUAUGUGAAACCAGAAAUUUGAACAAGAUGAAGUUAAGAGAUUUACGUUUGAGAGAGAUUUGAACUAUGGUCAGAGGAAGAGAGGAGGGGCUAAAGAGUUACCAACUAGUCCAUUUUCUAAUUUUAUUAGAAAUUUUAUAUGUAAAUUUGUCUACAUUUGAAAGUUAAGAGAGUCUAUAAUGCCUAUUGGAGACAACGUGACACCUGCCUUAAAGCUACGUAUUUUUCCAUUAAUUUCUAAGUUACAGUGAAAAUUAAUCUUUACACACUCUAUAUGUAGUAUACACCCUUCGAGAUUUCGAAAAUAAGACAAUGACAAUUACCAUCGCAACCUAAUAUCUUAACAUGAAUCACAUGAUCCUAUCGGAGCCUGUUCAAUACCAGUAGUCAGUGGCGGAGCUGUGCACACUUGAGGGGGUGCAUGCACCCCCUUGGCUUUGGGACGGAAAAAAAAUCCAAUAUAUGUUAGUAGGAAGCAAGGAUCGAACCACUAAUUUAGUGGUUAACAAUGAAAAAUCUUUACCAUCUCGACUAAGAAUUUUUCAUUUAUAAUACAUACAUGUUUAAUUAUAUUAAUGUUAAUUAUCUGUCCUAAUAUCAAAACGCAAAACUCUAAUCAUCUAUCCCAGCAAUCCCCAGUUACAAUUUCGUUCUUCCUCCACCCAGCGGUAGCAGAGGCGCUGCGAGUUGCAAGCCGAGCUCGCCCAACCUCCAAGCUAUCCAUCCUCCAGCCCCCAUGCUCUCCAUCUCUGGCUCCAAGCUCGCCGAACCUCCACCCACCACCAAUAUUUCCGGCUCCUACCCAACAAAUCCAAACUAUUUCUAGGCUCCAGACUUUCGUUCUCCGUCCUUCACCUCCAAAAAUCCUUCUCUUUUCAAUCGUGAGCAGGUUAGGGGAGCAACAAGCACAAAAUUACUUUGUUUGACAUCAUCAAUCUUUAACAACAAAGUAAAAUCUAAGUUUUAAUUUCAAUUACUUGAAAAUUUUAUUAUUUGUGUUAAUUUAGGGUUAGGUUUGUGUGUUUGUUAUACUCAAUUUCAUCUCCAAAUUAACUACAUAGACUGAAUUAGUCAUAUAAUGAAGUUGAUUUUCAUAUUUUCGUUUAGAGUUGACUUUUCUAUUAUAUAGUUGAUUUUUUCAUGACAUGAAGAAGCAACCACUUGGCCAAUUUCCUGGCUCCGCAACUGCCAGUAGAGCUAGUUAAUCAAAAGAAGAAAGAAAGGAAACGAGGGCCUUUGGUACUGUUGAUCACAAAUAACCCGACCAAUCCAUCCUUUUUGUUACCAUCGAUCAUGUGCACAAAAUAUAUAGGGUACGUCUUCUUUGUGUUAACUUCUGCACAUGGACGACGAGACUUUGAGAGACUGAAACAUCAUGAUUACAAACUCAAAGCCUAAAGAGCGGCUGUCGUUUUAAAAUUUCCUCCAUUUGUUUUUUGUAUCAUUUUCCAAAAAGCAUUGGUUGCUGUUUUGUUUGAUGGGUUGUCUUUUCACCAUCGUUGUUCUCCACUUUUAGGGUGAAAUAAUGCCCUAUUCGAUUCUGUGUUUUUCAAUUGAUUGACAGCUUUUCGUUGUGGCGCCAAUCAUCUGGGAUUCGCGAUAUGUUACGGCCACCAAAGAGGCCUCUCUCUGUUUCACAACAGUGGGAUAAAAUGAUAACGUGUUUGUUCCGUGGUAUUUCUAUAGUAGUCUUUGCAUUGUAUAAUUUCAAUACACGUGUAUCUCUAUGACGGUGAUUUUUUCGUGGUAUGAAAUUGAGGCGUAGUGGGUAACUUACGCCCUAAUCUCGUUAUUAUAGUAACUUAUGCAUGGGUUUUGGGCUGAGCAAGUGAGUGAGGUGAUAUUGCGGAUACAAUAAUAAUAUAAUUUAGGGUUCCAGACGUGGAAGAAGUCUAGCUAAUUGGUCAUAGAGAUCGGAGCAGUUGUUGAUGUGACUUGAAUCGGACUAUCAGCCGCUACGACUAGUAGUCGGGGGGGUCUCGCUGUUAUUCGGGUUCGGGUUCUAGGCAUGGUCUGUAACUGUUUCCUUUGCCAUAUUGGAUUAGGUUUAGACCCACAUGGAGAAGUACUAUAAAUACUUCUCAUACUCCUCUGUAAUCUGUAAUCUCCUCGAUAUAGUGAAACUGGCUCUCUCUCGCCCAUGGACGUAGCUAACACACAUCGUGUUAGUAAACCACGUAAAUCGUGUGUCUGUGUUUUUCUAUUCUCGCUUUCGUAUUCUUACUUUAUCGAUUCCGACGAUUGCCCGAUCCAUAGCAGCGCGUUUAUAACAGCAGUCCUUCAACAAGUGAGUCAAAUUAUACAAAAUUCUCGAGACUCGAGAAAAGAGAGAAAAGCAAAAAGGAAGUGGAUAGACACUCCGUGGUUCGGUGGGAUGAAUUUCGGAUUUUAUACGAAAACAUGGUACGGUGGUUAGACUUUUUUUUAUUCUCCAGAUUAACACGUUAUUACUGGACGUUCAUACUGAUAUCGACACGUGUGUGGGCACGUGGCUCGAAACUAUUCGCUACCCCCCCCCUACAUAAACGUAACCUGAGCAAAGCUUUCUUCUUUUUAUUCGCCCUCAAUGUUCAACGUUCGUUUGACAUGAUGAUCGUAGAUGAGAACAACAGUUGCUCCGAGUGGGCCCAACCGAAUGGACCCGAGCGAGGCUUCCUACAACCAUUGGCUGGGCCUGCGCCUGCUAGGCCCAUCUAAUUAUCUCUUAUGAACAUCGAUGGGGUCAUCAUGAUUAUUGAAGCAACCUCGAUUGUUCUAUAACACACUGUUUGAUUAGAGGGUGAAAAUUACGUAACCAAUAAAUUAAACCACCCUUGCAAACAUAAUAAUAAGUCUCUUGCUUUGCGUGACGACAUCGCCGUCUCCGGGCCGGGACCAAUACGUUGGGAGUCGCUAUCUGCUGUUGGGCUUUUGUCGCCGGAAAUAAAGAAACCACAACCAC